UUUCAGGUCCGAUGCAGAUUUCACAAGAAAGUGCCACGGGAAUGGCCAACAAGCGGCAGGAAUGCGCUGGCUGCAAGAAGAAGAUAACAGAACGCUAUCUGCUGAAGGCGCUUGACCAGUAUUGGCAUGAAGAUUGUCUGAAGUGUUCCUGUUGUGAUUGUAGGCUUGGAGAAGUCGGCUCGACGUUAUACACCAAAGCAAACCUACUCCUGUGUAGGAGAGACUAUUUAAGAUUAUUUGGGACGACAGGUUAUUGUUCAGCUUGUUCCAAAAUGAUUCCAGCAUUUGAAUUAGUGAUGAGAGCAAAGACAAACGUGUAUCACCUUGAAUGUUUUGCAUGUCAACAGUGUAAUCACAGAUUCUGUGUCGGUGAUAGAUUCUAUCUGUGUGAUAAUAAGAUUCUGUGUGAAUACGAUUACGAAGAACGAAUGGUGUUUGCCAACAUGAGCUACAAUUACAACGCCCUGUCUCAUUUGAAAAGACAAACACACAACCUUAGCGACGAUGUAUCGAGUGGUUAUGGCAGCCCGAGCCCUAACUCUCUGUGAAACAGGAGGCAGCAACGUUUGAGGGCAUAUCCACUCCCGACAUUGGAUGCGGGUGUAGGCGGCACCUCCGUUGCUGCGACAACAACUGCAUUAGAAACUACAUCUUGUCCAUCCCCAGAACUUUCCAGUGGCUACCAUCCAACCUGAAAGAAACUCUGAGAUAUUAUAUAUUUAUUUAAGUGUUUUUUAAUUUUUUUUUUU